UUCGGCCGUCAACCAUUAUACUUUGUACCUGAGGCACUCUCGAUUCGAAUAUAUGGCUCCAAUGGAUACUGAUAUGCAUCGUAUAGACGAAUCCGAAUACGGAACGGUCAAAAUUUUCUUAGCCCAAUACCUCCCCUAUUCCGCAGCCAUCUUGACAUGGCUGACUCGAGUGCACGCUGGGAAUCUCCCUGGACUGGGCUCAUUUGACAUUUAUAGCUCUCAGCCUGAUUUAUCCACUGCGCCUACCAAGGAGCCGGUGGUGAUCAUAUGCAAAGAAAUAGAUCGCCUGCGACCUUUUGUCAGUACCGAAGCCUACCUCAAUCAGGAAAACCCUGUUUGGAAUGGCGAAGAUGAGAUUGGCUUAGAAAAAGGAGACUUCCAGUUUGCCUCUGAGAGCGCUAGAUCUAUUUAUGAAACAAGCCAAACACUGUUAGGACGAGCUGUGCAGACACUUGGAUACGGUACAGAUGGCCGGUUUCUUCAUGGAAUUUCUCUCCUUUGGUGUCCCGUCCUCUAUAAGCUGUUCAAUCUUGGCUACAACGGACCGUGCGUACGCUAUGUUUGCCCUAUUGAAAAUUAUUUGGAAACAGAGGCUUUGCAAACACUUACUGUUAAUGGGGAAGAAUUAAGGGUGGACGAUGCCACCGAGCAUGAUGCUGAAUUGAUCAGGACAUCCAACAAGGUACCGUUUGAUCCGGCUUACGUUAUUGAAUGCUGCAAGCUAUCAAGUGUAUUAAGAAAAAAGGAUGGAGAGAUGGUUGCUUGGGCAUGUACGCAUGCUGAUGGUUGCAUUGCUGCGCUUCACGUCCGACCAGAAUGGAGACGCUUGGGUUUGGCACAAGUUGUCGUCAACUCUCUAUGCCAAAAGCAAGCGCAAAGAUUUAAAGAUCUUCAAGCUAAUUACCAAUUAUAUAACCAAGCCGUUAUUGAGAACUUCAAUAGUGCAAGUGAAAGUAUGUUCAAAAAACUUGGCUGGACCAAAACGGAUGUCGGUGUGACAUGGAUAAGAUGCGUUCCUGAGCAAUCAUAAUGUGGCACCGAGGCUUGCAAACAAUUGAUUUGAAAGCAG